GUUUGUGGUUCACCUUGACAACGCGAACGUUUGUUUUCUGCCUCCCUAGAAACCGCUGAUGGUACUUAUGGUUUUGCUGAAUCUCCAAAGCCAGUAUCACAACCUAAACAACAGCAAAGCUAAACAACGCGUCUGAACUCUGACUGUCUUGCUUUUUUAUAGUAAAGUCUGGAGUAGUACUGCUGCGUUCUUGUGGAUGUAACGGGAGUUCAGAACGCUCUCCGUAAACUGCUCGGCUGUAUUUAGGGAAAUCCACGCGUCCAUGGAGGCGGUGCUUACCGGAGUUCACUAAAGAGCUAGACAGUUUCAGUCCAGAGCAGUCAGUCUACCAUUGACUCAACGCUAAACAGUCGAUUUCGAUACGAUUAAAAUCUAGUUAGUAACUCUACUAUGUGUCGUUUUCUAAAUCGUUCCGUCCAGUGACUUCUCUCGGGCUGCCAUAUGAAAACUGUUCAUCGACUAGAGACUGUAGCCUUCUCACAGUGGUGCCCCUGUGUUGGUUUUAAGGUUCUGACUGUUUUUCAACCUCAGUCCUCUCAGAGAUGCUGAACCAAAGCACAUGCAUUGAGAAGGACUUCCAAGCACCAGAUUAAAAAAACUGCAAACAUCUCCCUGUCUUCAUCUACCUCUGUCUUCAAACAUCCAAAGUCCAGUCUCAAAAGAGUAUGGCGUUUUUAAUGAAAAAGAAGAAGUUCAAGUUUCAAAUACAGUUCACCCUGGAGGAGCUCACGGCUGUGCCGUUUGUGAACGGGAUGAUCUUCUGCAAAAUCAGACUGUUGGAUGGUGGAGACUUUUCCAUUUCUUCAUCCAGGCAGGAGGUUCAGGAAAACUGUGUUCGCUGGCGAAAGAAGUUCUCCUUUGUGUGCAAGAUGAGUGCCAGUCCUGCCACAGGGGUCCUGGAUCCCUGCAUUUGCCGAGUGUCUGUGCGUAAGGAACUUAAAGGUGGAAAGGCUUUUUCAAAGCUGGGCUUUGCUGACCUCAACUUGGCGGAGUUUGCUGGUUCAGGCUCCACUGUUCGCUGCUGUAUACUGGAGGGCUACGACACCAAGAACACUCGGCAGGACAACUCCAUACUCAAGGUUACCAUUGGCAUGACUCUUCUCUCUGGAGAUCCCUGCUUUAAAACGCCUGUGAGCACAGCUAAGACCAUUGCCAUGGCUGGGCAGGACCCCUCUCUGCAGCUGGACCGCAAGGGAGAGGGCACCGCCGACCACUCUGCACCUGUCCUCGGUGGCACCACUCGCCGAUCGGUCAAGAACAGAACCCCUGUGAACAACUCUGGAGGACUUCAGGAGGGAUUGGAGGAGAACCUGUCGAGUCCAGAUGAAGUGUUUCACACAGGACACUCUCGCAACUCUAGCUUUGCCAGCCAACAGAGCAAAAUCUCAGGUGGGACUCAGGGCACGAUCAAAAGAGCAUCAGGCUGCAGCACAGAGCACUCUCACUCCUCCAGCUUGACAGAUCUGUUCCAGCACCGGCGGAACACCUCCACCAGCAGCAGCAACACAUCAGGAGGGACGUCAACAACCAUCGAGAGCCCCGUAGAGCCGGAGAAAGAGGUGGUAAAACCAGAGAGACCCCCACGUCCCCCACGACCUGCUCUGCCCCCAAACAGACCCUCAAGGAGAAAGAAGGAUUCUGUGGAGAACCAUCCCACAUGGGUGGACGAUACACGCAUCGAUGCAGAUGAUAUUGUGGAGAAGAUUGUGCAGAGUCAGAACUUUGCGGAUGUCAGCAACAAUGAAGACAGCAAUUUAACACUGUUCAUCAGUAGGGAUGGUACCACAGCAUUAAGUGGCAUCCAGCUUGUCAACAGGGUGUCUGCGGGUGUUUUUGAACCGGUGGUGAUUGAGAGCCAUUAGAUCUCUGAGGCCACAGCAGUCACUCUCUCACAAAGCCACUGCCUUUAUUUUCAAGUGAUGGAGAGAGCGAGACAGGGACUGUAUGUCAGAAUGGGCACCUGACAUGACAACUUGCUCCUCUUAUGGAUCUGAAAUAUUACUCGCCUACUACAACCGUAACACCCUAAUCAUGCAUUACAUUUGCUGAAAAACGGUGGUGGGUACGUUCAUGUAACGUUUGUUGUUCUGUGAUUAAGAACUAAUUAAUCAUAAAUAUUUUACAACGAAUUCUAAGAAUACAAACUACUUGAAAUGCCUUAAAAAAUGAGGCAAGAUGGGAGCUUCAGUCUAACACUGUGAAAUACGAGAGCAGUCCAAAGGAUUUAGAUAGAAAGUUCCAUGUUAUAUGAAAAUUUUAGUAGCUUUUCAGAUAUUAUUUAAAGUCUUAUAUUAAAUCCUAUUGCAUACAAACCACUGAAAUCCACACGGCCUACAUUCUAAUAAUACAGUUUAGUCAGUAACCAGCCCAUUCGCCUGUGAUAAACAUGGAUUAAUAUACAAGAAAUCACGUAUGGCUGGCCAUACAAAUUUCACAGCUCAUUCCCCCAUAUAACCACUUUCAGUAUCUCAACACUUGUGCUUGUUUCUAAGAGAUGGACAGUAGUUUGCUUACAUAUGUUCCAGCUGGACUGGUAAACAUGAAACAUGAAAAUAUACCAUACUGCCCUCCUCUCUUUUUCUUUCUCUUUCGGUAAAAUUCCCAGUGCAUUUCUAACUUUGUCUGUAUUUCAGUUUCACUAUUCAAAUCUUUCACUUUGCUGCUGGUCACAGCUUUGAAUAUUCAUGUGACUAUGAGUUUUGGCUCUGACAGCAUUGCGGUGGACACAACACAACAGGACAGCCAAGCCAUGUGUAGCAUUAUUACCUCACUAGGGUCUUGGCAGUAUCAAAAUGUCAUGGCCCAGUGAGAUCCUACAUUGUGCAGCUAAAAUAUUAAGAGAAAUUGAUUCUGAGAAUCCUUGUUGUGAGACACCGCUGAAUAAUUGCAUUGUUUGUAGAGCUAGAUCAGAGGCAGUGACUCAUAGUCACACGUCUGUCCUUGGCAGUCGGCCGCCUCCGUGUUUCUGACCAGCACCUGGUGUGCAAUAGGAAACAGCGUACAAUAGGCGUGACAGUGAAUCGGAGAACGGAAAGCCCAGUUUUCUGUGUCUCUGUCGUGUACUGCUUGUUUGUCAUCUAAUUAGCUAUUCAUGAUUUUAGUCAUGGAGAUGAAUCUUUCUCAGUUGAUCUGAGAGCAUUUACCGCAUUAAAAACUGACAUUGUGAGUUUUACUCUUUUUUUUUUUUUUUUUUCAGUCAGUUGAGAGAAAUGUGCAAUGUGGGCAUUUUGUUUUGCAGAAGCCCAUUUUAAAGUUCUUUCAGGGAAUUUAGCCCUAAAAUAUUUCACCUAUCCAGUGACGUUUAAACAGAAUCACUGUUGACUUGCAUCCUAGAGAGGUGAGGGUUAGUUACAUUUGUGUUUUAAGUGUUUUAAACUCAUUAAAUAACUAAAAAACGAGUCUGUGGCAUGAUUCAGCUGCUUCGAUGCAGGAUUCUCACUCCUGGAAAUUGUAAAGUAACACUAACUUUUAAAGGGCAAAAUACAUAGUAUGAUAGUUAUACGGCCUGAUAAAGCCUAGUGUUCUGGAUGUUUCUGCUUAGCUAGUAUAAAGGGAUUCUCUGAAGACACUGAAAAACGUAUCUAAUUGUUUUCGUUGUUUACUCUUUGUACUUGUCAUCUACUCUUACACUCAAAAAAAGCUAUUAGCAACUAAGAACAAUAACUCUAUCCUGUCUUGUAUUUUUCGAGCCAGCGGGCUGGUUCAUUGGAAUCUCUCUUUGGGGGAUUUUUACCCUCAGCCUUGAUGUCAAAUAAUUCUGUAAUGUCUAACAGUUAUGGUGAAAUGAUUACCAUCUGUGGUUGUUGUUCUUUCUUUUUCUCUUACAAACACUUUUGUAAUGUUUUUAGUCAUAAUUGACUGUAAUCUGUGAUUUUUCUAAUGCAGAAGAGUAGAUGCAUACUGUACAGAUAUACAUGUGUACUUGAUUUAAGAUGCUGUUGCAGGGAGCAGACUGGGGUCUAUAUGCAAAAGUUGGAAGUAAAGGGGGAUGAUGUCAUUUAUAGUUUUUGUACAUUUCAGUAAUCUGGAGCUGUUGUUCACUUUAAAAAAAUCUGAUUUUUUUUUUAAUCAGUGCACACAUUCAUUUAUUUAAACUGUUAUAUUUAUAUUUUAAUAUUUUAAAGAAAAUAAUUAAAAGUACAAAAUAAAAUCCAACAUUUAAGUUUUUAAACAGUAAGAAGUCUCUUCUGCUCACCAAGCCUGCAUUUUUUGAAUCCAAAGUACAGGAGAAACAGUAAAAUUUUGAAAUAUUUUUUACUAUUUAAAAUAACUGUUUUCUAUUUGAAUAUAUUUUAAAAUGUCAUUUAUUCCUGUGAUUUCAAAGCUGAAUUUUUAGCGUUGUUACUCCAGUCACAUGAUCCUUCAGAAAUCAUUCUAAUAUUCUGAUUUGCUGAUUCUGAUUAUUAUUAUGUUGAAAACAGCUGAGCAGAGUUUUUUCAGGUUUCUUUGAUGAAUAGAAAGCUCAGGAGAACAGCAUUUAUCUGAAACAGAAAUCUUUUGUAACAUUAUAAAUGUCUUUAUCAUCACUUUUAAUCAAUUUAAAGCAUCCUUGCUAAAUAAAAGUAAAAAUUUCUAUCAUUUUCAAAAAAAAAACAAAAAAAAACUCCAAGCUUUUGAAUGGUAUUGUGUAUAAUGUUACAAAUCUUUUUAUUUCAGAUAAAUGCUGAUCUUUGGAUUUUUCUAUUCAUAAAAUAAUCCUGAAAAAAAUGUACUCAGCUGUUUUAAAUAUUGACAACAAUAAUAAUAAUAAAUAAUAAUAAAAUUAGCAUAUUAGAAUGAUUUCUGAAGGAUCAUGUGACACUGAAGACUGGAGUAAUGAUGCAGAAAAUUUAGCUUUGAUUACAGGAAUUAAAUACAAUUUAAAAUAUAUUUAAAUAUAAAAUUUUCUAAAUUUAGCUGUUUUUGCUGUACUUUGGAUCAAAUAAAUGCAGGCUUGGUGAGCAGAAGAGCCUUCUUUAAAAAAAUAAAAAAUCCUACUGUUCAAAAACUUUUGAUAUACACAUACAUACAUACACACACACACACACACACACACACAUAUAUAUAUAUAUAUACUUAUUUAUAUGUAAAUCUAAGGAUCUAACUGUACUGAGUGGCACAGGCUCCAGAAUACUGAAACCUCAGAUGAUAUGUACGUAAAGUUCACUACAA